AUUUGUUUACCGCCUCCGUUUGCAACGACGGUAAAAACGCGAUUGCUUUUUAUUUUAGCUAGAACUUCAUUUACAUGUACUGAAAGUUAUUCCAUAAUUUAUUCAGUAUUGCAUUAAUAAACAAGCUUGAUAUUCGACUACAUUGUAAUAUUAGUUAUAGCAUUGUUGUACCGUUCUACAAAAAUAAAAAUUGUGGUUUAAGGGCCCAAAGCUGUGCUUUAGGAAGUGCUUGUGUUCGGAAUGUCGUCUCAUAUAAACGAUUUCAACAAUCAUAUCCAGUCAUAUUUCGUCAGCAGCACCUACGGAAAUGAAACCCAACUUAUUAACAGUCUCAACCACCUAUCUGUGGUCAGCGAUCAGCGAACGUUCGAUAUAUCUGUCUACGGAAAUAAUAUUUUCUUCAUCAACCUGCAUCGGUUAAUGAGCACGGGAUCGAAGAAAAUGUCCCUCAUGUGGGCAGCGGUGUCCGUGCUGGAGACGGCCUCGAAAUGCGAACAAAUACGCCAAGCGUUAAUCCGAAACUUCCACUAUCUACCAACGUUGGCCAAUCUGCUGAAAGAAAUUCACACCACGGAACAGCAGCAGAGGCUUUUGGCUUUGAUUGAAAAGUUGACCCACGGAGCGCAGCUGGAAAGCUACGAGCCUUAUGUUGAAUCGUUGAUCCUGAAGUUGCUGGGGGUGAUGGAACAGGGAUCUGGCCAAAAGGAUAAAACCGACUUGGUAACGUUGGCCCUGUCGAUUUUGGUGAAUUUGUGCUACGGAAAUUUGCCGGUGACUUAUGUGCUGACGAAGAACAUCACCGUGUCCAGUUUUUGCAAGCAGAUUAAAGAGCUCGGCUUGGUUACCUGUAAGAUGUACAUAAUUCUGGAGAGGAACGACUAUAUGAAGGAACUGGAUUUGCAUUAUCUGCUGAAGAUGAGUUUCCAGGAGGUGAAGAAUAUUCUUUCAUCGAAAAAUAGCUUCAUACUUCGGCAUGUGGUUGACUAUCUGCACUACAUUAGGCAGUUGAAUAAGGACAGUGGAGCAAAAGACGACCAACGCAUUUCAGUGUCUUUGGAGAACAACUUUUUCCGGGAUAACUUAAAGGACUUUUUGGAGGACAUUGAAAAGUACACGUCGGCACAGCACUCAGAGAAAGCACCUGGUAAUGCGAGAAAACGACGGAAAGUUUCCGAUGAAAAAAGCACGGAAGGCUCAGCUGGAAACGAACGGGAUGACUGCAUGGAUGUUUUGUUUGAGAUUCUGGCUUGCAUUGUUGAUUUAGAACCGAUAGGUGAAGUUUUUCGCAGAAGGAUUGCAGACAUAGCUCUGAAAUGGAUACGAAUGAAGCAGAGUUGUUCCUGUGCGGUGGACUUGGUGAGGACUGUUCUGGAAAAAAGAAGCGAAGAGGAUAAAGAUCAGCAAUGUGAUCAAAAGUUGAUUGAUGCCUGUCAAGCAGUUUUAGACGAUUUGGUGACGAUUGUUCAAAAUAAUAGCGAUCAAGUUCUGAUGAUAUCUAUUUCUAAGUUACUGACAACGUUAGUCAACCUACAGGGCAGUUCUAACACAACUCUCGACAAGGCAUCGGAGCUUUACUUUCAGCACACGUUUGGAAAUAUUCUUAGUUCGUUCAAAUCAAACCAAAACUUUGAUUUUUCUCUACCAGACAGUGAAAUUGAAGCAUUUUUAUGGGCUCUGCACACUUUCCACGAGUUUGCUAAUGUUUCCCCAACGAUGUGGUUUGCCAAAAUGGGCAAUCUGUUGAAACAGAAACCGAUCCACUUCCUUCUAGCCAAAGGUUUGACUAGCAGCAAUCACGAGCUUACGGAGGCAACGUUGGCUAUAUGCUCUUCUGUGGAUUUCCCUCGAAAUGACGUAUCUAAAAUGAUUACCAUGCUGGGAGUCGGCAGCCGGAAAGCAUUGGGAGAAAGCCAACAGCAAAAUCUAGAUCGUAAAUCCUUUCCUCUGGAAGUGCCCCCUCCGGCGAGACUUAGCCGAGACCUGCUGGAACGAAUGGACCGAACAGUUACGCACAUCCAGGAUGCCGUAUCGUCGGGAGCGAUCAACGAUGCCACCCAGGUUCAACUGAUAGAGUUCUAUGACGCAAAGAUACGCAUGGAGGCGCGUCUGAUGCAAGACCUCCAAGUCACCGUUGAUGGGAUGUCCAAACAGAUCAGCACUCUGAUGCAUCAGAAUCAACUCCUGACGGCGGAGGUGGAUCGAUCACAGAGAAAGAACCUACCGCUGGCUUUGAAAGUGUCUACAUUGCAAACCGAAAAUCGAACGCAGGAAAAGGAACUGAACCAGGUCAAGAGUGCAACGGCUUCGUACGACAAAAAAAUCAACCAAAUGAAGCAUGAUCUGUCGGACUAUAUCAAGCGAUACACUGAAAAGAAUCAGCAGUGGGCCAUACUGACCAAGCAAGUAGAACAGCAUCAAAUAAGAGAAAGCAAUUACGAAAAGGAAAAUAAACGAUUGCAGCAUGAGCUCUCAAAUAUGGCCAAAACGAGCGAAGAAUCACGGAGGCUACUCCGGGCAGCUGAGGAGGAUCGGCAGAAAUUAUCCGAGCAGAAGGAAAGCGAUCGGAAGCUGUACGAAGGAAAGAUUCGCGAACGCGAACGGGAAAUUUCCAAACGGAACGAUCUGAUCCACCAGUUGGAGCAGCAGCUGGCCAAGCGCGACAGCAAACUCGAAUCGCAGGAAAGUGAGAUGAAGGAGCUGAUGGCGCAAAUUUCCGCCAAAAAUGAGCGCAUCGAACAGAUCGAGGAGCAGCUGAAGGAGAGCGAGAGCAUACAGAAGGCGAUUUACAGCUUGAUGAAUAAGAACAAGAGUAAAUCGGGCGAUUGAGAUGCUCGAGAAAUAUACAUUUUUUGACGGAGAUGAAAA